GCUUUGGAAGACUGUAUGGGAGCGUUGGACUUGUUCUUGAGGAAUGACUUUGAAGAAGCCCUCACCAGACUCAAGAGCAAAACCAAAGAUAGUAUGUACCACGCUCUCACCUAUGCUACCAUACUGGAAAUGCAAGCUAUGAUGACCUUUAACCCUGAAGACAUCUUAACUGCCGGAAACACUAUGAAGGACGCCCAGGCUGUUUGUCAAAGAUACCGGAAGAAGUCCUCCUUCAACAGCAAGAAUUUCACAGAAGAGGAGCUUCACGCUGAAGUGUGUUAUGCCGAAUGUCUCCUGCAGAGGGCAGCACUCACCUUCCUACAGGAUGAAAACAUGAUCAGCUUUAUCAAAGGAGGGAUCAAAGUGAGGAACAGCUACCAAACGUACAAGGAGUUGCACACAGUUCUCAAGUCCUCGGGUUACGUUCACGGUAACAAUCACGGACAUUUUGAAGGAGGGGUCAAGCUUGGCGUUGGAGCUUUCAAUCUAAUGCUAUCCCUGUUGCCCACGAGGACUCUCAAAUUAUUAGAGUUUGUGGGUUUCUCUGGAAACAAGGACUUUGGCCUGCAGCAGCUGCAGGAGGGCUCCUGUGAGCGCACGUUCCGAUCAUUCCUGUGUAAUAUGCUGUUGCUUUGCUACCACACCUUUAUGAGUUUCAUCCUGGGGACAGGGGAAGGUGAUGUGGAGGACGCAGAGAAACUACUCCAGCCGUACCUGAAACUGUAUCCUAAGGGAUCCAUCUUCCUGUUCUUUGCCGGGAGAAUAGAGGAAAUUAAAGGAAACUUGGACGCUGCUAUUAAACGAUUUGAGGAAUGCUGUGAAGCACAGCAGCACUGGAAGCAGUUCCACCACAUGUGUUACUGGGAGCUGAUGUGGUGUUUCACCUAUAAGAGGAGUUGGAAGAUGGCCUACUUCUACGCCGACCUCCUGAGUAAAGAAAACACGUGGUCUAAAGCCACGUACGUCUAUAUGAAAGCUGCCUACCUCAGCAUGAUGACUCGUGAAGAAUGUCAGACGUUUGGGGAGAAUGAGGUGACAUUGUUCAGGCAAGUCCCCGGACUGAAGCAGAAAAUCGCUGGGAAGUCCUUGCCGACAGAAAAGUUCGCCAUUAGGAAAGCUCGUCGUUAUAACGCUGAGAGAGUCAUUCCACUGCCUGCUCCUCCGCUGGAGAUGAUGUAUAUAUGGAACGGUUACACAGUGAUUGGUAAACACAAGGAUCUGACAGAGGGAAUGCUGAAGACAUUGGAUGAAGCCCAGCAGAAACUGGAGCUCUACCCAAGGACAGAGUUCUCCAUUGAUGACCAGUGUGUUGUUAGCUUGCUGAAAGGCCUGUGCCUGAAACACCUUGGUCAUCAGGAAGAAGCAGAACAUUAUUUCACUCUCGUGCUCUGCAACGAGACGCAAAUCAAGUAUGACCACUAUCUAGUGCCAAAUGCGCUGCUGGAGCACGGACUGCUGUGUCUGGAACAGGGCAGGAGGGAGGAGGCCAUUAAAAUGUUGGAGUCGGCCAAGCAAAACUACAAGAACUACUCCAUGGAGUCGCGGACGCAUUUCCGAAUCCAGGCUGCGUUGCACAAGGCUCGGACUUCGGGGGAAAACGGAGAGAACAGCUCCCCCUCCAGUCCUUAG